AUGCAUGCAGUCGCAUUUCUCUCAGUUUCGACCUUGCUCCUUCAAUUACCUCUGGAAGCAAUCGCCAGCCCACUCUUGGGUCUCGGAAGCGUGAACGAUCCCCGCUUCCAACUCUAUGAAGUUCCCACACCUCUUUCAGGUCCCUGCGAUUUGGAGCACGGUCCCGAAGGCGCCCUGUGGGGCCAGGGCGUUCUGAAUAACAUCUUCUUCCGUCUCGAUCCCAAUACAGGAAACAUUGAAGAGUAUCCUAUCCCUUUUACGACGGCGCUCAGUGCAGAGCCUAUACGAUUGCCCGGAGUCGCUAAAUCUCUGACCGACCGUACGGCCUUCUCCUGCGCGAUACGCACAGGUGCUGAUGGCAAUUUGUAUGCCGGCAAUGGAAUCCGCAACCAACUCCUCCGGAUCAACCCAACCACGAAGAAGAUCGAUGUCUUCCAGAUCCCACCCACCGAUCCUGCUGGCGAUUUGUUCUUUUUCAACGACUUGUAUUCAGCCAAGGAUGGUAUCUGGGUGACUUCGACGACCGCGAACACAUUCUCUUUCUUCCCCUUCUCGACUGAGAAAUUCGAGACUCACUAUGCGCCUACUCCGCUGGCGUUGCCGCUGGGCCUUUUCGUCGCUUCGGACGGUGUCAUCUACGUUGCCGAGUUCAAUGCCAAUAAGAUCUUGACUUUCGACCCCAAGACCAAGGUGACCAACGAGUAUGUCUUGCCAGAGUUGGCACAGUUUCCUACGGUCAUCCGUGCUGAGCGUAACGGCUGGGUUUACUUUGCCAUGUUUGUCGGAAACGGUAUCGGCCGUAUUAACAUGGCCACGAGAGAGAUUCAACUGUUCCACACUGACAAAGUCGGCCUCACUGGCGCGGAAGACACCAUCGACAAGUACGGAGGCGUCUGGCUCAGCAGCCUUACCCGCAAUCAGCUCUCGCGUCUGGACACCAACACACUCACGUACAGUUACGUCAAGUUCCCUACUUCGGUCACCAACGUAAAUCUUCCUGGGAUUUUUGGCGAAUUGCCCCCUGUGGUUGACGUGGCGAUCAACUACGGUCCAGGUGACAAUCUCUGGUUCACUAGCAUCCUUUCCAACCAGGUUGGAAGAUAUAACAUCACGGGCCUGUACAAUUUAUAG